UUAUUUUGAUUAAACGAAAUUGCAAAAUAUUAUCCACAUACUAUAUAAGUAUUUUUUACAAUUUCGCAUUAUUUACAAUCUAUAUUCGCCAGUACACCAACCACGACGGACAACUAGCAUUGAAAUUUUUGGACACGAAUUCAUUCUCUUAUCAUCUUAUCAAUAAAUAUUAAACAAUAAUAGUAUAAUGCAAACAUAUUUUAAUAAUAUUAUAUUGUAACUUGGAAUUUUAAAUGUUUUAAGGAUAUAAUAAUAUUCAGACAACAAAAAUAAUAUAACCACUUUAUUACCAUAUAUAUUACCAUAAUAUCUAUCUUUAUCUACCUACUAUUAUAUAUUCAUUAACUUAACUGAUCUUCACGUCAUGAAUCAGAAAUGUCUUGGUGGUUCUCAAAAAUAAAAUAAAUAUGUUUCUCCACAAGUAUGGAAAAUUUACCAUUAACAAGCAAUAUUCGCAAAAAUGAUCUCCCUAAUAAGCCUUCUACUUCUUAUCAGGCUGUUAAACAGGUAAAAAAAUUAACUGAAAGAAAUGUGGGAAUAAGUUCAGAUGAUGAUAUGAUUGACAUUACAACUUCAGGGACAAUGACUGAACGUACUUUAAAUCAGAGAUCUCCAAUAAAUUUACCAGGUAUUGACAUCAUUUUUGCGGGAACAAUAAAUUUUGGAUCUGGUGAAACUGAGGAUAUUCCUGGAAUUGGUCAAUAUGAAGAUUUUCAUACUAUUGAUUGGCAGCGAGACAUUGCAAGAGAUCGGAUGCGACAUAGAUAUAUACUAAAACGCAAACAAAAUUCAUUCAUUGAUCUAAUAAAAUCAGCUCAUGAUGCAUGGUCAGGCUGGCUUUGUGUACUAUUGGUGGGACUUGUAACUGGAACUGUUGCAGCGAUAAUUGACAUUGGGACAUCAUGGAUGUCAGAUCUAAAAUUUGGUAUUUGUCCACAAGCAUUUUGGUUAAACAUGGAACAAUGUUGUUGGUCAUCAAACGAAACUUCAUUUGAACUAGAUAAAGGAAACUGUUCACAAUGGUUUUAUUGGUCUGAAUUAAUGACUUCUUCAAACUAUGGACCUUUUGCCUAUAUAGUAUCAUAUUUAUUUUACAUUGCAUGGGCAUUAUUAUUUGCAGCUCUUGCUGCUGGUUUAGUCAGAAUGUUUGCUCCCUAUGCAUGUGGAUCUGGUGUCCCAGAGAUAAAAACAAUUUUAAGUGGUUUUAUAAUUAGAGGUUACUUAGGAAAAUGGACUCUACUAAUAAAAUCUGUUGGAAUAAUGAUGUGUGUUUCGGCUGGACUCAGCUUAGGAAAAGAAGGACCUAUGGUACAUAUAGCUUCAUGUAUUGGCAAUAUUUUAUCAUAUUUGUUUCCUAAGUAUGGCCGUAAUGAAGCCAAAAAAAGAGAAAUAUUGUCAGCAGCAGCAGCUGCGGGGGUUUCUGUUGCUUUUGGAGCUCCAAUUGGUGGAGUCCUUUUUAGUUUAGAAGAGGUUAGCUAUUAUUUUCCUUUGAAAACUUUAUGGCGUUCAUUCUUUUGUGCUCUUGUUGCUGCAUUUGUACUUAGUUCAAUCAAUCCAUUUGGUAACGAACAUUCUGUUAUGUUCUAUGUAGAAUAUCACAGGCCAUGGAUGUUUUUUGAACUUAUACCAUUUAUUGGAUUGGGAAUUAUUGGAGGUGUAAUUGCAACAGUUUUUAUCAAAUGCAAUAUUAAAUGGUGUCGUUUUCGUAAAACAUCAAUUCUUGGACAAUAUCCAGUCAUGGAAGUAUUAUUACUCACAGCUGUAACAGCAAUACUAUCAUAUCCUAACCCAUAUACACGCAUGGGAACUAGUCAAUUAAUUUAUCUUCUUUUCAGCCAAUGUGAUGUAUCUAGUAAUGAUGGUUUGUGCGAUUAUACUAAUGACAAAGCAAAUGUAGCUGGACCUGGUGUAUACACAGCUAUGUUACUUCUAUCAAUGGCUUUUGUUUUGAAAUUGGUCACUACAAUUUUUACAUUUGGCAUCAAAGUACCUUGUGGUCUGUUUAUUCCAAGUUUGGCCAUGGGCGGUAUAACUGGUCGUAUUGUUGGUAUUUUGAUGCAACAGUUAGCUGCUAAACAUCCACAUUUAUGGUUUUUUGACAAUAGUUGUGGAUUACCAGGACAAGAAGGCUGUAUUACUCCUGGCUUAUAUGCCAUGGUAGGUGCUGCUGCUGUUCUAGGAGGAGUUACCCGAAUGACUGUUUCAUUAGUGGUCAUUAUGUUUGAAUUGACUGGUGGUGUAAGAUACAUAGUUCCAUUGAUGGCAGCUGUCAUGGCUAGCAAAUGGGUUGGUGAUGCACUGGGCAAAGAAGGCAUGUAUGAUGCUCAUAUUCAAUUAAAUGGUUAUCCGUUUUUGGACAGUAAAGAAGAUAUUGUUCAUACUGCUUUGGCAGCUGAUGUUAUGCAGCCUCGUCGAGCUGAGAAUUUGAAUGUUCUCACUCAGUCUUCAAUGUCACUAGAAGAUACUGAAAUACUAUUAAAAGAAACUGAACAUAAUGGAUUUCCAGUUGUGGUGUCACGAGAAUCUCAAUAUCUUGUUGGAUAUGUAUUACGUAGGGAUUUACAAUUGGCAAUAGAAAAUGCAAAACGAACUAUAGAUGGACUUUUACCAGAAUCUUUAGUUCUGUUUACCGACAUAACUCAACAAGUAAUGCCUCCACCUCUAAAAUUAAAAAAAAUUUUGGAUAUGGCCCCAAUUACAAUUACUGAUCAAACACCUAUGGAGACUGUUGUCGAUAUGUUCAGAAAAUUAGGACUUAGGCAGACAUUGGUUACACAUAAUGGGAGACUUUUGGGAGUAAUAACAAAAAAAGAUAUUUUACGUUACAUUAAACAGGUUGACAAUGAAGAUCCCAGUUCUGUACUCUUCCAUUGAUGGUUCUUAAUUAACCAUAUGGAUUUUAUAUCCAUUAUUUAGCUCAAUUUUCAUAUUUCUGUUAAUAUAUUUUAAUAAUAUUUUUUCAAAGUUUUGUUUUAGAAACUUAAUUUAAAAAAUAUUAUAUUAGUAGCUCCUUAGAUAUUUAAAUUAAGUAAAUAUUUUAGAAAAAGUUAAUUGUGAAUAAUAGUUUACUCAAUUAUUAAAUAACUAAUAAUUAAAUAAAAAUAACCAUGUAAUCGACUAUGAAUAUUGUAAGAUGCAUUUUGAAUUUAUGGGUUUGCUUGUAGAUACUUGAUAGAAACAGAAACAACCAAAAUAUAUUGUUAAUCAUAAAAAAUAUUAUAAAUUAUGAAUAUGUCAUAUAAAAUUUAUAUUAUUAUGACAAAAAAAUUAAAUUAAUUUUUAUUGAACAAAUGCAUAAAUAAAUUAAUAUAAAUACUAAUUUAAAAAAAAUGUAUUUAUUAAUAUUAAUGUAUAAAUUAUUAAAACUGUUAGUGUCCGCAGCCAGUAAGUUUUAAAACGGACCUCUAUAGAAAUUAGUUGGUGACCCCUGAUAUAGACCAAUAAAAUAAUAAUCAUAACGAUUAUUACGACUGCAUAUCACACAUGUGCGUCGUUAAGAUUUUAUAAGUCGAUAACGAUUGUUAGUCGCAUAUCAUACUUUAUAGACUAAAGUGAUCGUUAAUUUAUAAUGAUUUCAUUUUUGUUGAAAAAUGUACAUGAAAAUGGCCCCAUCAGGCCAUUUUGUAAUAGUCUUAGGUAACCUAAACGAAUUGGUAAUCCAAACAACCCAUUUCACCAAUUCCCUUCAGAUUACCACCGCGUUACUAUAUUUUCAAUUUAUUAUCUUAAGACAAUUAAUUUAACUUUUCAGAUUAUUGUCCAAUAAUAGUCAAUAUUUAAUUAUUUUUCUUACUAAAAUGAAUUAAUUGGCAUUUGGCACAGAUAUCAGAAUUUUUUGAUUGAAACUAUUAUUCUCAUAUUUAACAUCACCAUACUCAAUAAAAGCUAUAGUUAAUAUUUAUAUUUAUUUAUUAUUAUUUCAACUACUGUUAAUAUUAAUAAUAAUAGGUAAUUAACAUAUUAAUGAACAUGUAAUUAUUUAUAAUUAUUGAUAAUGAUAAUAAUACUAAUAUAUUUUUAUGCUGUUAAAAUUGUUAUUGCUUAGGAGGAAAGUAUUAUAAAAUACUGAAAUGGUCAAGUUACAAUUAAAUGUUUGAGUUUGAGAAGGUGUAAAAAAAAAAUUAGCAUACCAUAUUAUGAGAUAAAUUAUUUAUUUUGUUAUCCCAGUGGUUUUUAACCUUUUCAGAAUAACAGAACACUCAAAAUUGUAUAAGAUUUUUGGGGAACAAAACUAUAAAAUAUAAUACAGUAAAAUCUCGUUAGAAAGAACUUCAGGGGACCGAUUUUUUUUUUCACUAUAACGGAAAUGUUGUUGUAACGAAAAUUCAAAUAAGCUUUUUAUAAGCCCUGAUUUUCGGCAGGGGACUUCUAUAACUUUUGUUAUAACGGGAUUUUUCGUUGUAACGGGAAAUUACUGUAGUACUUAAAUAUUUUUUUUAAUUGCAUAAUAUAAUAAAAUUACAUAUAUCACAUUUUACAUACAAUUUUUAAAUUUUAACAAAACACAUUCACUAAAUUCCACAAAACACCAGUUCUGAACCAUUGUGUAUACUUUAUACUAAAUAAUAUAUUAUAUAACAUGUACUAAUGUAUAUUCUAUUGUAUAACUAUUAUAAUUAUAAAUUAAAUUUGACUAUGUGGGGAUUAAGUAUAUGUCAAGCAAACCCUUGAAUUUGUUAAAUGUAAUUUAAUCAUAAUAAUGUAUACAUUUUUUUUUUCUAUUGAAGGUAGCUAAGCUAAUAUAAAAUUAUCUCCAUUGUACAAUGUAUUUAGUCAUAAUUUUGUAAAUUCUGUUACUUGCUAUUUGUAGAUUAUUAAUUAAAUUUCCAUUAUACAAUAAAUAAAGCAGUAAUUUUAAACCAGAUUUUCAUAUGUGCUUCAAAAUUUAGUUGUGAUAUUCCUUUAAUAAAAGAAAAAACAUUGUAAAAUUUAACUGUACGAAGUGAAUAAAAUAAAGUAAAUAUUACUAAAUAAUAAUAAUUAUAUUAAUAAAGUAAUCAAAAAUUGGUCCAUUUUUAAUAAAGUCCCUUUUUAUCAAACCGCUUUUAUAUUUUGCAUAAUGUAGAAAAAUAUCUUCUUAAACUGUGAUUUUCUUGAAACAUGUCUCAAAAAUUAAAUAAUUAAUACAAUGGGCUGUGACUUGUAAGUCUAAUAAAAUUAAAAACCAUUGCUAUAAAAUUAGACUUUAAAUAAUUUAAACCCUCAAUAAGGUCAAACUUUUGAUAUUUUGAAAUAAAAACAAUUCUUUUCAUUAAAACUGUGAACUUGAAUUUUCAUCUAUAUCAAUCAUAAUUUUAAACUAAAUACAAUUUUAUUUUUCCAUUUAUAACUAAUUAUAUUUUAAAUACUAGAGGCAUCACAACAUCUAAGCUUAUGGUGUAUACAUGAUUAUCUUUGAUAUAACUACACAACUACAUACCUUAAUAGCAAAGGUACUUAGUUAUAAUGAUCAAGUAUAUUACCAUAAUCUUUUUAAAUUGAAUGAUUAUCGUUCUUUAAAUAAAUAUAUAGGUAUUUCACUGUUCAUCUAAAAUAUAGGUAAUUUAUUAUGGUUUUUAAUUUAAUUUUAAUAGGUAUAAAAAUAGAAAAAAUUCCAAUUGUUAUUUCUUUAAAAACAAUUGUUAUAAAUAUCUUAUUUUUUAACAUACUUGAUAAAAAUCAUUGUCUCCCAGUUUUAGUGUAGGUAUCUAUCAGUUAUCACCUAGCCACUAGGUAUAUAAUAUAUUAUAUUCAUUUUAAUAAAUGUUAUUUGUAUGACGUUUACUAUGUACAUAUUUUCAUAUUAUAAAAUAAUAUGAAUAUCAUUGUAAAAUGUAUGUAUUUCAUUAUUACUUAUUUAUUAUACAUUAUCAUCAUUAUUAAUAUGUAACUGUUAUUAAAUUAUGAAAUAUAAAAUAAUAUGACUUA